AUGUCUUUUGACCUCCUCCAUAGAAUGCUGGCCACAAGAGCCCUUAACCUUAUUGGCAAACGUGCCAUUUCCACAUCUGUCUGUCUACGUGGAGGACAUGGUGUCGCUAAGGUGGAGGAAUACACUCUCCCUGCUUAUUUUGAUAGGAGGGAGAACCCUCUCCCUGAUGUGACCUUCGUGCAGAACCUGACUGCAGACCAGAAGGCCCUAAAAGAGAAGGAGAAGGGCUCCUGGGCUGCACUCUCUAAUGACGAAAAGAUUGCAUUGUACCGCAUCAGCUUCAAACAGAGCUUUGCUGAGAUGAACCAGGGCACGGGAGAGUGGAAGUCUGUCGUUGGAGGAAUUUUGUUCUUCCUUGGUUUCACUGGCUUUGUUGUGCUUUGGCAAAGAAAAUAUGUGUAUGGAGAUGUCCCAAUUACAUUCGACCCAGAAUACAAGCAGAAGGAGCUGCAGCGUAUGUUGGACAUGAGGAUCAACCCAGUUGAGGGCUUCUCAUCCAACUGGGACUACGAGAACAAGCAGUGGAAAAAGUAA